AGAUCGGGAUCUAAGCGUAGACAGGAACCUGUUGGAACCAGCGUCCAUCUCUUGCUUUUAAAUAGUCGAAUCUGCAAACGAUCCGAAAGGUUACAAUUUGAGCAAUGCACGCACGAUGAUUCUCAAAGUUUGAUAAUUUAGCAACAAAAUCCCAAACGGAUUGAUCCUAAUACAUACGGAGACUCAGGUGAUUUCUCGGUAAAACCAAGGAGAGACGAACAAAGUGUGAGAUAAUAAAUUAUUAUCUCAGUGAUGGACCGGUUCGGACCUGAAUAACCGAAUAACGAUAACCGGACCACUUUUAACAUCCCUAUAGGCCUAUACAGGUCCUUAAAAUUUCUCGUUUUCUUUCCUUCGCUCUAGCCUCUAGGGUUUCACAAAAUAGUCGUGAUGAAGAGAGGACGCGAAGAGAAGAGCGACGAGACCUCACCAUCCCCGACACAACUUGGUCACGGUGGAAUCUCCACACGAGACAUCAAUAUUCCUAUCGAUCUAACAGUGGAGAUACUAAAAAAACUCCCGGCGAAAUCUCUAGUGAAGUUCCAAUGCGUCUCGAAGCAAUGGUCAGCAAUUAUCAGCAGACGUAGAGACUUCAUAGAUUCGAUCGUGACUCGGUCUUUGACUCAGCCUCCUCGUCAUGCCCAUCUCAUCUUCGAGCAUAAUUCAGGCCACCCCAACGAAUGGUUCUUAGUGUUCUCGUCUAAUACUUGCCCUCAAGAUACUGACAAAAAAUCAUUACUAAUCCCCGACGUUAUGUAUCAAUACGUGCGCGGCUUGAUUUGUUGUUGGUCUAACCAUCGUCGUGAGGCAGCUAUAUAUAACCCUACCACAAGACGGUCUUUUCACUUACCAAAGAGCAUAAAAACCUCGAGCACGGGCACUUGCUUUUUCGGUUACGAUCCUCUCGAAAAUCAAUACAAAAUAUUGUUCCUACCACUAUACUAUUUGGAGCAAGGUUGUCAAGUUUUCACUUGGAGGACCAUCGAAGGCUUUAGAUGUCACUUUCCGUUGGUUGGUGCAAUUUGCAUCAAUGGGGUUAUUUAUUACCGAGCAAAGACUACAGAAGAUGAUUCUACUUCUAUUUAUAUGUUGAUGAGUUUUGAUGUUAGAACCGAGAAAUUUUGUCAUGUUGACGCUCCAAAUACAUUGAUGGAUCACUUUUCGUUUCUGAUAAACUACCAAGGGAAGUUAGGAUUCGUGUGUUGCGGGAAGAGUGUGGAAAUUUGGGUUCGAGAGGAUGGCCAUCAGAAGACACAAAUAUGGUCCAAGCUUUUUUUUUAUGAGAUGGAGGGUUUUGAGAAAUGGCGAGUUUCUGGUGUUACUCGUGGUGGUGAGAUAGUUUUUGUGAACACUGUAUACUUCUCUGAUGACAAGUUAUGUGUCUUAUAUUAUGAUCCAAAGCGAAAUAGUAUAAUAUAUGUUGACUUCGAAGGGAUUUACUCGAAAGAAAGAAGGCGUCACAAUUCUGUAUUAAUUUGGACUCUUCCCGAUCAUGUUGAGAACACAAUGCGUCUGUAUUAGUGAAGAGUUUUUCAACACUACAAUUACAUCAUCAAGGACUAGAAAAUACCGGCUUGGAUAGUGCAACAUGUGCAUAGCACGUGGUGAAAGAAAUAAAAUGGAAAUACUUUAGUUUA